AUGCAAGUUCUUGCUACUCAAGACCUCCUCCCCUCCUCCCAGGGACCCUCGUCGACCUCUCCGACCCCUUCAAGCGCCUCGGGCGCCUCCUCUCCUCACAGCCCUCCGGGCGUCGGCGACUGCAUUACCGCCAGCAGCGGCAACACCAGAGGCAAGGUCCGCAAGGGUCGCAAGAUGCCUGGGUCUGACUUGUCCCUGCCGAGUCCGAAGGAGCUGAGUAAGGAAGAUGACUGGACGCGAGUCAAGGACCCUAAGGAGAAGAAGAGAAUACAGAACCGCGUUGCCCAAAGAACCUAUCGCAAUCGGAUGAAGGCAAAGCUCGGUGAACUACAGGCAAAGCUUGACAGUCACGAGCGACGGAGAUUCCAGCACAAUUCCCAUGAAAGCAAUGAGCCAUGUGGGGGCGUCAAAUACAUGACCCAUGCCGGCCCUUGCGCCGUGGCAGAAUCAUUGCCGUCGUCUAUGGCCGGUAAGAAGCCGCUUACGCAGACACCUGUGCUUCAGCAGAGCAUUUAUGAGCCGCCCCCCGACGAAUCGGGUUCCUCCCUCUAUGGCCAGGACUUCCGCUAUCUCAACAGCCCGCCCAACUCUCACACCUCUCCCCAGCCUCCCAACGGAAUCCUCUCCUCGCCGCCGCGGCCCGGCGCCGACGGCUCCAUUACCGUGUCUCAGGACUUCGUUCUCGACUGCCUUCGCUUCCAAACGCAGCUCCUCAACCGGCUCAACAGCAUCCAGAACCCCGAGACCAAAUCGGUCGCCCCCCCGCCGUACGGAGCAGAUGACGGCUUGGCCCCGAGCGGCCUGGGCCGCUCGCAGAAUGUCGACUGCACCAGUGCCUACACACCCAGUCACACGGCUGGCCUGGACUUUGCCUUUGAGGAGCCUGUCGAGGAUUGGAAAGGCGACUUGCUGGACCCCAAGAUGCGAGACCACUCGCCGCCUGCCGACGGCCUCCAUUACCAUUCUCUGCCAGCAAUGCCUCCAUUCUUGGGGUCAACCGUGGACGCCCAUACCAACGUGCCACACGUGGCCCGCCCCACCUUGUCCGGCAACUCUUCGCUGGACGAGCGUGUGGGGGGCUUCAUGCAGCACGUCGAGGCGGCGGGCUUCAACUGCUUCGAAGACCUAGUGACGGCCUAUUACAGCGACGCCUUUGUCGAGACGUCGCCCCUGGCCCAUGAGCAGUACCUGAGCCGCAACCGGCGCCUACCCAAGGUCAUCUCUGAUCUUUUCAGGGCCACCAACGACUGGUCCACGUGGGAACGUCGCGGCUUCCACGACGAGAUUCUCAAGACGGCUGAGUCCUUGCUCAUCUCCGAGACCUCGAGUGCUCAUGAAAUCAUCAUGUCGCGUCUCAAGCCUUUGAUAGAAGUCCAGGACGGCAUUGUCUCGCCCCACGCGGCCGAGGCCCUACUCGACGUGAGGAAGUCGAUCCAACAGGAUCUGCCAAACUCCUGGUCGUUCGCCAUGGCCCUGGCUGCGGAAAACAGAUCUCCGUGGCAGCAGGACCGCUCAAACACGGCCCUUGCAACCAUUCUUUUAUUGCAGUUUGCCGGUCGCAUACCACAUAGUCAGCUCCUUCAACUAAUCGGCAUUUGCCUGUGA